AUGACAAAACUCAAGAAAACAACUGAUGAGACAAAGAAAUUACUUCAUGAAACCAUUGAAGACUUUGGACAACAUUUCACAGCAAUCAACAAUGAGAUUUCAGCAAAUAUUAUCAAAGUGAAAGAGUUUCUCGUUGAAAGACUUGACUCAAUUCGACAACUCUCUCAACUCCAACGGGCCACUCAAGAAUUGCAAGAGAUCAGAGAUCUUCAAAAUUCUCUUGACGAAGUUCUUCAGAGCUUUGACACACAAAACGAGGAAACGAGUAUCAAAUUGAAGAAAAUCGUGAAACUUGUUGAGAAGAAGCAAACUGAACAGAAGGCUUCAAUCAAUACAGCGAGC